UUUGGAAAAGUCCACCUCAUUAAAACAGAGCCGUUUGGAGAUUAUUUCUAAAUAGCUCUGCGUUCAAACAUCAGUCGACCCGUGUGGAGGCAGCGGUCUAUUCGCGUCUGGCGCCCGUCACGUGGUGAUAAUUGAAUCACACUUUUCUGAAGAGUCGACAACAGGCGCAUAUUUUUUGAUCGCGAUAGACGAGGCGGCCAUGGAGGCGAUAUGGUUGUACCAGUUCCGGCUGAUCGUCAUCGGGGACUCGACCGUGGGCAAGUCCUGCCUCAUCCGCCGCUUCACCGAGGGACGCUUCGCUCAGGUGUCGGACCCCACGGUCGGCGUGGACUUCUUCUCGCGCCUCGUGGAGAUAGAACCCGGCAAGAGGAUCAAACUGCAGAUCUGGGACACCGCGGGGCAGGAGCGCUUCAGGUCCAUCACCAGGGCCUACUACCGCAACUCGGUGGGCGGGCUCCUCCUCUUCGACAUCACCAACCGCCGCUCCUUCCAGAACGUCCACGAUUGGCUGGAGGAGGCCCGUAGCCACGUGCAGCCCCACAGCAUCGUCUUCCUAUUGGUCGGCCACAAGUGCGACCUGGAGGCCCAGCGUCAGGUGACCCGGCAGGAGGCGGAGAAGCUGGCGGGCGCGUACGGCAUGCGCUACGUGGAGACCUCGGCGCGGGACGCCAUCAACGUGGAGCACGCCUUCACCGAGCUGACGCGGGACAUCUUCGCCCUGGUGCGCUCGGGCGACAUCACCAUCCAGGAGGGCUGGGAGGGCGUCAAGAGCGGCUUCGUGCCCAACGUGGUCCACUCCUCCGAGGAGGUGACCAAGAGCGACCGCCGCUGCCUCUGCUGAUCCCGGGAGAGAGGAGGGCCGAGGAAGAGGAGCAGGAGCAGGUGGAGGAGGAGUUGGACAAGGAGCAGGAGGAGGUGGUGGAGGUGGAGGAGGAAGGGGGAUGGGUUGUUGUUGAUCCGCGGGACGGGGAGGAAGAGGAAGAGGAAGAGAAGGUGGAGGAGGAGGGGACAGACGAGGAUGGACGCCGCAUUGGUGGAUGGCGUGGACUGUUGUUUUUUUCCCUUGCCUACUAUUGGUCAGCCUCGUCGCCUCCUGUGUUCUGAUUGGACGUUGGGGAGCAUGACAGGUAAAUGGGGGGGGAGGACAUGCUGAUUGACAUCAGGACACAGACAGAGGAUUCCGAUGACACCGAUUGGCUGGAUUUGCACUACCCUACCCACCAAUGUCCCCUGCUUCCUCCUGUCUUCUGAUCGGACGUUGAGGAGGACGAUUGACAGAGCAUGAGGGGAAGAAGGCAACGGAACAGCACCUUUUGUUUACUUUGGAUUUUGUUUACUUGGAGGCUUCAUGUUACCAGGUUGUUUUAUCGUUCAGGAGAUCAUUUCGUUUAUCUGUUUGCUGGCUGGAAGUUUCUGUCCAGAAGCAGCUGAGCCAUAUCAACGGUUAGUUCAGACCCUACCCUACUUCUUGCUUGGGUCGGAUCCGUUUCUUCUCCAUCGCUUGCCUCCUCCUCCCGAUUGGGCUCCUCUCUUCCUUUUUAUGCAAUCACACACUCCCCGAGAGGAGGUCCUGGUACGAAUGAACGUUGGUGUGUGACCAUUUUAACAAGCCAUCGAACCACGAAACUAUAUACUCUCCGUUUACUAGGAUUCACUCCCCACGAAUUCCCCGCCAUUCCUUGUUAUGAAACCAUUCAGCCAUUCACACCAGACGACACGUACUCAUUUUGAACAAUGCCAUGGAUGCCCCAAGUUGAGCGCAACUUUAAGACCAAAUGGUCCCCCCCCCCCCCCCCUUUGCCAUCCUUCCCCCCCUCCCCUCCAUGGGUCCUCAAAUAACACAAACUCCACGGGACUUCUCCUGGCGGAACUACCCUUGAGGUUACCUUUCUCUGCUGGAGGAGGGGUUGGGUGUCAUUGUUGGAAUGUUCAGACACACCUGAGCUCCAGAUGUUACUGGACUACAGAUGUGGGAAAGGCCCCCCGUGUGGAGGCAUAUCUCUCAAAAGGAAAGGGAACUGUCCUGGGAGGUAUCCUCCGGAGAAGGGGAGGGGUGCCCUCUCCAACAUGGACGCCCUGAAAACGCAUACAAAAUUUAAAACAACCAACACUACAGUUACAUAAAGGGUUAGCCCCUACUGUCCCUGCGCCUGCGGGCUUUAAAGGCAAACUGGCCCCUACUUGAGACAACCACAGCUGCAAGGGGGAGCUGGCGGAUCUUAGUUUAACGUGAGUUAGACACAAGACUGCGUGUUUGUAGUAUAACAUCAAAGCAAUGACCUGUGUUUCCAUUGCACUUCUGAAGUCUCCACCACGAUAUGGACGUCCUCCCACUAUAGCAUAGCAAAACCAAGGGCGCACACCACACUCAUAAUAACCGUGGUAUCUUACCUACUGGGGACGUUUGUGUCCGAGGAGGAUGGGAUAGCUUUACGUUGGAGCACAAGGUCAUCUCCAGUCUGACCUGGGAAGUACCUAGCCAUGCCGGUACUGGCUGGGGAGGAGCCUUCAGCACCAUCUGGUGGUCGGUUUUGAUGCUGCGUUUAAUAUUAUGGAAUUCAAGGGAAACUGAAUCCCCUAGUUUACUUGGGUCAUGUGGCUUAAUUUUAUUUUAUCAUUACAAACGCACAUGCAAUAUGCUUGGAUAUCACUGGUGUGCCACCUCCUAGAUAGAUCAAAUGCUAUCGGAUAUUGAUUUGGAGCAUCUGCAUUAAAUCUUUGAUAUCAAUGAUUCAAAGGGGAAUUAACGGUUUCGGCACAUGCUCUGUAAUGUUCCAGACAGUUAGAGGGCAGAACUGUUAAAUGUAUAUCAUGGUAGAUAAUGAUGUUUUUUAUCCCAUGUUAAUACACAUGUUAGAUAAAGACUGACUUUUUAAAAGGUUGACGGUGAGGAGUCUAUGCGUUGGUGAAGAAACACUAAAAUUAGUUUAGUCAUCUGUUCCUCCAGAAGUCUGCUGUACCUGAACCGUUUUAAUUCCUCUUGUAGGACCUUUCACCGAAUAGGGUCCCUAUUCAAACCCCCAGUGUCAUGUUGAUGAGCCAUUACAAGACAUCAAAUCAUCCCUCUUAAGUGUCCACCCAGAUGGAUGACGGAUGACUCGACCAGCAUACAUACAGUGCACCAAUGGAAACCUCCCGGCUUGUGUACACCCUUUUAUUAGGAUGUCACGCAGGAACUGAUUUCGGACUUAACGUCCGGUCAAGGAUGGGUUUUGUGUUAAUCUCUCGUGUUCCCGAGCUUCCUGCCUUCCAAGGUUCAUCCAAUGUUCCCGGCUCGCCUUCUUAUUUUGAAAUGGACCAUUGGUAAGAAGGUUAAGGGCCUCUGCACUUUGAAGAGCGUUUUCACACUUUGCUUUAUCCAAUUUGGACCGGCACACUUUGAGGAAGUAGUAGGAAGUAGACUUCAGCAUAAUGAGUCAUGUUUUACAGACUAAUCCCAAUCAGUUUAUGACCUCACUGCUGGACACUGAAUCAAACCUAUUUGGAAAAAGGGGCAAGGAAAUCUCACUUUAAACCUGAGCAAUGCCUGGAAUAGACAGUGUUUGGUUUGAUGCUGUGUGUUGCUGGUCUGGUUGUGGUCCCUGAUACACUAGUAGAAUUUCUUUCUCCAAGAGGAACACGCUUUGGUUCUCUAUUUCCACGGCCGUCAAUAAGUCACCCUCCCUCUCUCUGCUCUACAACUUAUCUAUCCAUCAACUAGAAAUGUACAUUUUAAAACAAAAUAAAAUGACUGGUAAAAAAUAACUGCUUGAGAAUGUGUGCGACUGUAGACUUUUCUAGUUUUCAUGUGCAAUCUCCUGUAACAUUAUAAACUCAUGACCAA